CCGAGUGUUGAAUGUAGUUGUGCGUUUCCUCGCUUCUCGUUCUCAUUCUCACCAUCCAGCUACCUCCGCAGAAUCUGCCGAGACGAGACCAAAGUUACCCGACUGCGUUGUAUUCGUGUGGUGGCACAAAUCGCGAGCAGUCUCCGUCUUUUCGCUCGAUAAAAAUGGCUGCUGCCAGUGAAACCGUCCUGCAGGCGCUUGUUUUUGACUAUCUUUCCCGGAAAGAUAAAACCCUUGCGGAAGUGUACCAGAAGAAAUUCAAAUCGCCCGUCAUCGGUAAAGGAUCUCCCCGAUUAGAAGAUGUUAUCAAACAGUAUCAGACAACAGGUACCAAGAAAGUGUCGGUAACGAAGCCAACGGCAGAAUCCAGCUCUGAAGAUUCCUCAGAAGAAGAGGAAGAACAGACCCCGAAGAAGGCGGUUGCCAACGGUAAACCAGCAGCAAAUGGCAAAGCAGCAGUCAAUGGUAAUGGUGUCAAGAAGGAUUCGUCCAGCUCCGAAGACAGUUCCGAGGAGGAAGCACCCGCACCGAAGAAAGCCCCUGUAAAGGCGACGCCGGCCAAAACACCUGCCAAGGCUCCGGUCAAGAAAGAAUCCAGCAGCGAAGAUUCAUCCUCUGAGGAGGAGGAACAAAAGGCCCCUGUCAAAACUCCGGUGAAACCUCAAGCUAAGACCCCGGCAAAGGCCACGCCAGCUCCCAAAAAAGCCCAAGAAUCGAGCAGUGAAGAUUCGUCGUCCGAAGAAGAGGCGCCAGUGCCCGCUAAAACCCCAGUCAAAGCUACCCCGGCAAAGGCGGCUCCAGUGAAAGCGACCCCCGUCGCAAAGAAACAAGAGUCCUCCAGUGAGGAUAGCUCUUCUGAAGAGGAAGAAGAAGCUCCCAAGACUCCAGCAAAGCCAGCACCAGCCAAGCUUCCUGCUAAGGGAACGCCGGCACCGGUUGCCAAGAAGGUUGAAACCAGUGACAGCGAAUCGGACUCGGAUGAUUCCGAAGCGGAGUCUAAGGCUAAGACCCCGGCCAAAACUCCUGCAAAGGCGGUGCCGGCCAAGCCCACCCCUGCUGCUAAGAAGGCUCCAGCAAAGAAGGAGGAAUCAUCGGACAGCAGUUCUGACGACGAUGAGGAAGAUUCCAAACCAGCAGUUGUUAAGAAGGCCGCACCGGUGAAAGCUGCCGUUGCAGCGAAGAAAGAAUCUUCCGACGAGUCGAGCUCAGAGGAUGAAGCUCCAGCUGUGAAACCCCUAGUGAACAAGAAACCAGCUGUAACUCCGGCGAAAAAGCAAGAAUCUAGCGAAGAUUCUUCGUCAGAAGAAGAAGAAGCGCCGAAGAAGGUUGUUGCAGCCCCGGCUGCCAAGCGGCCGGCUCCGGCCAAGAAGCAGGAAUCGUCUAGCGAUGAUUCUAGCGAAGAAGAGGAACAACCCCCAGCAAAGAAACCUGUUGCGGUGACGCCUGCCAAGAAAAAGCAGGAAUCCUCCAGCGAAGACUCGUCGGAUUCCGACGAAGAACCGGAGGAAAAACCAGCCGGCAAAAAGGCCGCCCCUGUAGCGACCCCGGCCAAGGGUAAGGCCGGCCAGAAGCGCAAGGCCGAUGAAGACGAAGACGACGAGGAGGAGGACGAUGAAGAUGCUGAGCAGGAAGAGCAACCCCCGGCCAAGAAGGGCAACUAUAGCAACUUCGUGAAGGCUGGAGAAGGAAACAAGAAUAAGAGGUUCGAUGAAAAUGGUGGCAAAGGAGGUGAGCGUAAAUCUUUCGGCGGAUUCAACAACAAGGACAAGGGUCCCGCCUGGGAGUGUGACAAAUGCCAAUUUAACAACGACGCCGACGUUCGGACGUGCGGUCAGUGCAAGAACUUCAACAAAAACGCCGACGAUACCAACGAUUGGGAGUGCACGUGCGGUUUCAAGAACUUUGCCAACCGGAACAUGUGCUUCAAGUGCAAAACGCCAAACCCUAACGGAAAACCGUUCUCAGGCGGUCGUAAAAGCUUUGGCGGUGGCGAUUCCGGCGGCCGUAAAAGCUUUGGCGGCGGCGAUUCCGGUGGACGACAAUUCCCACCGGAUUGGGAUUGCCCCAGCUGCGGCGCGAGCAAUUUCUCCAAGCGAGGAACGUGCUUCAAAUGCUCCACGGCCAAUCCGAGCGGAUCGAUGGGAGACAAUUGGGAGUGCGCUGAUUGCAACUUCUCCAACUUCCCCAGCAGAUAUUCCUGCUUCAAGUGUCAGAAACCGAAUCCGAACGGAGGCGGCGAAGACGGCGGCCGUAGAAGCUUUGGCGGCGGAAGAGGUGGACGUGGUGGUCGAGGUGGUGGCGGCCGUGGAGGUGGCGGUCGAGGAGGUGGUGGCUUCCGAGGCGGUCGUGGUGGCGGCGGCAACAGGAGUUUUUCCGGAGGAGAUGAAACGCAGAAGCAGAACAAGAAAAUCACGUUUGACGAGUAGUAGAGCUUUAUGAAUGCAAUCAGUCGUUGUUCAAAACUAGGGUUAUUUUUUUAUUUUUUGUUUUUCUCAAGAUGAUAUAUGUGAAGAGGAAGGCAUUUCUAAUUAAAACUCGCGUCGCGUUAUUACAUAUACUGCUAAUAUUGUAGUGUACGUUCUCUUCAGAUGAGAAUGCUUCUUGAUCCCAUAAGUCGUGAAUUUUAAUCAUUAAUUCAGUGAUUUAGCAUUCACCGUGUACAACAUAUACUAUGUAUAAGAAUAACAAUAUACAAACAACAAACAUCAA